AUGGCCGACUACGCUUCACAAACAGUGGCUCAAUUAAAGGAGGUGUUGAAAUCCAAGGGAUUGUCUACCGAUGGUAAGAAGGCCGACUUGGUGGCCAGACUUACCGAGGCCGACGCCAACGGAGACGAAUUGCUUGCUGUGGAAGGUGAAACUGUCGCUGAACCCGUUGCUGCUGAAGCUGCUGCUCCAGAGCAAACUAGCGAAGCUCAACCCGCUGAAGCCGUUGCUCCAGCUGCUGUGGCCGACUCCGAGUCCACUUUGACUGUUAUUCAACCAGCAGAAGAAGCUGCUAAGGAAGAACCAAAGGAAGAACCACCAAAAGUGUUGACCCCAGAGGAAAGAAAGCAAUUGGCAGUUGACUUGUUACAGAAAAAGGUCCUGAGAGCAGAAAAGUUCGGUGACGAGGCUGCUGCUGAGGCUGCCAAGAAGGACUUGACCAGAGUCGAGAAGUUCGGAGUUGAGCUUGGAACUGCUUUGGCCAGGGAGAUUGGUUUGGUCGACAGAGGAUUGAACGACAGCAAGAGAAAGUUCAACAAGAACAACAAGUUUAAAAUUUUCAAGGGAAAGCGUAGACAUUAG